UGAAUGAACCUACGGUGCUUUUACUUGUGAAUGAACGUAGAGUGCAGGAAAAAGUGCAGCACGUCUCGUCUCCCCUCAUAACCUUAACCCGCCCAAGGCCCAACCGUGGUGAUUGCCUGAUUGGUGAAGGCGGGAGUCUCAGCUACACUUUUUACAAUAGAGAACUAAAACGGAAGAACAGAAGAAAAGAAAACAGAAAUUCUAAUCACGUCGGGAGAUGGCAAAACCAGUCAAUCGAGAAAAAGACUGGGAAUAUCACCUCCAAUUGUUAUCUAUUAGUACCAGAGAUUCCUCUUCGGCAAAUGACCCUGCUUCCGAUUCAUCUAUCCGUGAAUCUGUGAAAAAUCUCCAUGAGAUGUGUAAGUCUGAGAAAUCGGAGGAUUUGAUAGCUAGGGUGUAUCCGCAUAUAAACAAGCUUUUUCAACGGUCGGUAGCGUCGUUGUCUCAGUCAAGGACAUCUAAUGGACUCCUCUUGCUGGCCAUUCUUCAAUUUUUUCUUGACUUUGGGGAGGUGAUCCUGCAUGAUGCUGAUCCUAGCCUAAGGACUUUUUUCCGUUCAUGUUUAAGCCGUGAGUUUGCAGAUCCUACUGUUGCUGAAGCAACCCUUGGUUUUCUAAAUAUGAACAAGAGAAAACUCCUAAAUUCUUUUCCGACCUUGCUCCCGCAGUUCUUUCCACUGUUGCUAAAGCUGAUAGCAUGGAAUGGAAAGAGAUUGGAAAAACCAUUUAUGAAGGUUUUUCCAGGAAUGAUGUCUCCUGGAUCAUUUCUUCCACUUUUUCCAUCAAUAAUUGACUUGCCAAUUCUGGUAGUGGCAUUGGAAAAGGUGGAACGGAGUUCAGGGUCAUUAAUUGGGAGUAGCAUAGCCUCAAUUCAGAAGAGUACGGCUCCUGAGAUGCUACUUGCACUCAUGGAUGAAGCUUAUACUGGUUCGACCAUUGAAGACAGAGGGGGUGGCUCUGAAUCUGAUGAUAACAAUACUAUAGAUGUUGCAGAUUCUGUAUUUCUUGACCUCCUUAAGGAUGAGAACGAUGGGCUUGCUGAACGCCAAUGGACUUCUCCUGGGAUGGCCGCAGCAUUGCAAGCUGCAAUCAACACACCUCAGUCUGAGAGGCUAAAACAAGCAUUGAGCAUGGCACCACAGCUGCUUGACAUGUAUUUUGCUGUAGCUUUGCGAGAUGUCAAUAAUUCACUAAUCUGUGCGCUAAUUCCACUGCUUAUGUCGAGAAAUGCAACAAUAUUUCCUGACAAGGUUUUCUCAUAUGAGAUCCGGAGGAGGCUUUUAGAAUUCAUGCUAGCUUCAUUUCAACGUUCUCCAGAUUUCAUUGCACUAUUAAAGAAGCCUAUAAUUGAUAGACUGGGAGAAGCUUAUGAUAGCCCUGCAAAGACAGAGUUAGCAUUACAACUUUGUUGGGCUAUUAGCGAGCAUGGAGGUGGUGGUGGUUCUCAUAGAGAUGCAGCUCGAGAGCUCUUUGAAAGCUUAGAAUUGCUCUUGUAUGAGAACCUUUCAUCUAGUCGUCUGGGUCUAAGCCAGGAGUCAGCUCUUAGUUCAAAUAGUGCAACUUUCAGAAAAUCAUCACAGGCUAGGCUUUUGUGUUUCGUUAUUACAGCAAUUGCGAAGCUUGCUACAUACCAUCGUGAGUUAUUACCAAGGGCACGUGUAUCUCUCGCCAAGGUAGCUCGAUCACGGAACUCAGACAUGAGGGUUUUGAGGCGGGCUCGUGAUUAUUUGGGAUUAAUGAAUGAACCAGCAAUUUGCUUAUCUAUUUUGGGACCACCAAGUGGUGUCCUACAGGGUCCAGGCACUGUCAACUGGAAUGAAGGUGGCUCAAAGAUGAUUGCUCAUAUUCCAUUCUAUAUUCUAAGUGAACAAGAAGGUCCACCGUUUCAUGAUUUUCUAUUCUCCGAUAUACUUCAAAGCUGAUAAACAGAGCCAAUACAGAAAAAAAAAAGGUAUAUAUUUGAGUUUCCAGGUAAGGUUGUAGUGCUCUCUGAUGUGCUCCAUUGAGAUGGCAAUAGUCAAUAAGUUAAAGCAGAUACCCUAAAUUGAUUAAUUCGACCUCCCAUUCCAGUUGCCAGAUGUGAUAUUUUUUUGUUAACAAAUCUGGACUUUUGCUUUCUCUGCUUAUUCAUCCAAAUUCUUACGCUUGAAAGUGCUUGACUUGGAGAAAAAUAAAAUGACAUCUGGAUUUCGUGGCGUAUGGAGUAUUUGUUUUGUAAACUGGCAAGUAAAAUGUUUUUUUUGUUUUUUCUAAUUGCAUUUCUUUGCAAUGAUUUUUUCCUCCA